GCAGCAAACACAUCUCAUGCAAAAGAUAGAUAGAAGAGCAGAGAGGACAAAACUUUAGAGAAAAGAAAGAGGAAAUACAGUGAUUGAGAGAAAACGAUGCUGCCAGAGGAAGAAAAGAUAUAAACUGAUAAUCAAGGACAUCAGGAGUUACACAACCAACAUGUCUCGGUCACCAGGAAGGAAGCAGGAUAACCACAAAAUAAGCAGAGAACUUUUUGUACUCACAUAUGGGGCUUUGKUAGCCCAGCUGUGCAAGGACUAUGAAAAAGACGAAGAUGUCAAUGCCUAUUUAGAUAGAAUGGGGUACAGCAUUGGCAUAAGGCUGAUUGAUGACUUUUUGGCUCGUUCAGCUGUGAAAAAGUGCCGCAGUUACUCUGAAACUGCAGACAUGAUUGCACAGGUUGCUUUCAAGAUGUACCUUGGGGUCACCCCUAGUGUGAGCUGCAGUAGUGCCAUGGGGAAUGAAUUCUCCUUAAUUUUGGACAAAAACCCACUAGUGGACUUUGUGGAGGAGCUGCCAGCAGAACGAGCAUCACUUUGCUAUUGUAACCUCCUCUGUGGGGUGAUUCGGGGUGCCCUGGAAAUGGUUCAAUUAGCAGCAGAAGUUACCUUCCUCCAGGACAGGCUGAAGGGUGAUGCUGUGACAGAAAUAGGAAUUACAUUUUUAAGGAAGCCUGAAGACAGAAAGCACAAAAGGAACAAAUGAAAAAAGUAUUUGGAGAAACCCUUGCUGAGGUAUAUUUUGUGUGUUUUGUUUCAAAAGAAGACAUGCAGGGUAAAAAUGGCUUUGCUGAACCAGUCACCUGGUUGAAAGGUGAAGAGAGCUGGGCAGCAAAGAGGAGGGGCAGGACAGGAGAGGGCAAUGUUAAUUGUCAUGACACAGAUAUCAGUAAAAAAGAUCAAAAUCAUCUGCCCUAGCUUUUCACAUACCCAUGCUCUUGAGCUAAAUGGAAGUUUUAUCUCAGUAUAUAGUGUGUGCUAAAUACUCAAUUGCAUACCAAUAGUUUUCAGAUAAAGAUGACUGGACCUUUUCCCAUUUUGUUUGUCAGCAAUGUUUCAAAGCAUGGCUGCUUUAUUUCCCUGGCUGUGUGUGGUUAUCUAUARAGGAUUCAUCCUCUGUGAUUGCUGUUCUCAGUUUCUCACUCACAGGUGCAUGGAUUGUUGUGUCCAUUGCCAGUCAUUGGCCUCCACUCCAACAUCCUGCUGUCUUUGAAACCAGAGAGGGAUGUGGCUUCUCUGGCAGCAGGAGCUGCAAGGCUGUGUUCCUUGCAGCUCUUCAGGCCCCACAGUGUUGCAGUUUUGCUGGCCCUUCUGCUCAGUCCCAUGUGCACCCASGCUGCAGCAAUCUCAGAACCACAGCAAUGCUUGUGUCGCUCCAAGCUGUGGGCUUUUCRUGUCAGCCUUCUCUCCAAGAGCAAUGAUCUUGUGACCACACACUGAACAAAGCAUGAUGUAUUUAAUGUGCAGUCACUGUGGAUCUGUACCAGUCUAAGGAAACUUCAAUAAAAA